CUGAUGUCUAUGAGGCCGGCGUGGAGACCAUGUUCAACGUCGACGUCCUCCGACAAGCUCAGGAUAGAGAUGAUUAUCCCUAUGUCGAGUUUCUCUCAAGCGCUAUAACAGCGAGCCCGGUGGCUGCUUGUCAUGGCUUGCCUCGUUUGUUCAAGGCGUUCAUACAAGUUACUAGGAGACACAAGGCAGCAAUCUUCGGUCAGAGCUCUCACCAGGCUCCCGGAGCGUCUGCGGACCAGGCUCGCCAGGCUUCUCUGAAGUUCUUUGCCAUGUGCGACUCGCUGCUGAGCCCUGUCAACGAGGACGAGAUACGCUGGGAAACAAAAACUAAAUUGCUCCGGAUUAUGAAUUCCGAAGGACUCUACGGCGCAAAUAACGAGUCGAUAGACAAAGUUCUUAGCCGCAUCGGCGAGGAGACGAUCGCCGGGCUCGCCAACUUUAUUUCUGAAAACAAGCAGGUGCUUGUGGAAUAUACUCUCGAUAUCCUUUCCAUCAUCGUCGGCAUAGAUUAUGAUUUGCUAGCUCAUUCGACACCUCGUAUCCUUCAUCUGCUCCUGACGGUCCCUUCGCACACCGCUCCGGCCUACACUUAUCUCGGGAAACUCUUGGACUACCACAGGAAAACGCGGACACUGGACCUGCUGGUGGGGUCCCUUUUGGAGGCCUGUGCCUCGCGGGCACUGUUAGAUAGAUCUGCUGCUUCCGUUAGUCCUAUUCUCCGUCACCCCUUUCUGGAUGACUUUGCCAAGUCCCUCAAGUCGUUUAUCACUCCUGGCCAAGUGAGCGGUAUUGUUGACACUGUCCUGCACCAUCUGCGCGAGCAACUUCUCACGAUCGUGGACUUAUCUACUCCCUCUGACGACGAUAACAGUCGGCCCCAAAAGAAGAAGCGCAAAACAGCAAAGGAUGGUGUAUCACCUGUUACGGAAUCGUCUACACGGGCGGCCGUGGCGUUUUCUCUCGCCUCGCGCAUCGCUUGUACUGUCUUCUCCUCCAUCCCCACGCGGUAUCUGGAAGAUGACACGAAGAGUGCUGUGACCGAGGUCGUACAGUACUUCUAUGCGUUUGAACGAUCGAAGCUCAAAGACAUUUUGAAACGCAUUCGCCGUGGAGCCUCAAGCCAAGACGUACACUGGGCUGCAUCAUCGAUUCUGCGUCUGCAGUACUGUAUCAGGACCGCUCCUUCGGUGCAGGUCUCGACUCAGGGAGAUCAGAAGACUGCGUCGAAGCUGUUGUCGACUCUCGAGUCACCGAUCAGCCCCGAGCUGCGGGUCGAAAUCCUCCGUACUCUGCUGAACGACGUAGACCUCGGCUACUGCGAGUCCGCACCCGUCUUCGACGAGGUUCUUGGCCUGCUCGAACAUCACGCGGGUGAGCUCACAUGGAGCGGCCAUGUCCACGAUGUCCGGACGGACUCUCAAGCCACAAUCGCAACAUGUCAUCUGCUCGUCAGCCGUUGGCUUCCCUUGCUUGACGGCGCUGCCUCCGAAGCGCAACUGGCGCGCUUCGCAAAGCUCAUGACCUCGCCGCAGUCCUUCAGUCAAAGCAGCGUGACACACGAACAGAUCGGCCUACCCAGUAUCGUGCAGCGUGCGCUGCACAAUGCCGAGCUGUGGGAAUUACAUCGUCUCCGAGAUGCCCUUUUGGAGCAAAUAAACGCCGUCACGAAGCCUCUGGACUCCGUCGACGUCCUCACGGCGGUGCGAGGGGUGCACAGUCCUGUUGGUUUGUCGUCUGAUACAGUGGGCGCGUACAGGCUCCUGCUAUACAUUCCUGCCGAGUACUUAUCUCGCGGCAUCCGGAGCGACCUGCUUCGCAGGGUGUUGGCCGCAGAUGUCCUCUCGGAUCACGGGGAUGCACAAACGGCAUUAGCAUUCGCUCAUAGGGCCAUACUUGACAUUCCUGCUGCGGCGUGGCUUGCAGGACACGUCUUCGCAAGCAUUUGUAGCGACGUCAGAGCUGGUCAGGAUGCAUUUGGUUGUAUGCAUCAAGUCAUCGUUGAAGGGUGA